GUCUCAAAAUAAACACAUCCUCAAGUUUAGAACACAAUAUUAUUGUUUUUUUAAAAAAAGUAUGCAUUUUCUCAAGUUUUCCCCCCUUUUUGUCUUCCUUUACUUUGGUCAAUACUAUUUGUAUGUCACUCAUGCUGCCACUUUUGACAUUACCAAUCGGUGCACCUACCCGGUCUGGGCCGCUGCCUCCCCUGGGGGAGGCAGACGACUCGACUCGGGUCAAACUUGGAACAUUAAUGUGAAUCCAGGAACAACCCAGGCUCGCAUUUGGGGCCGUACCAAAUGUAACUUUGAUGGUAGUGGCCGAGGCAAAUGCGAGACUGGAGAUUGUAAUGGGCUGUUAGAAUGUCAAGGUUAUGGUAGUCCACCCAAUACUUUAGCCGAAUUUGCUCUAAAUCAGCCCAAUAACUUGGAUUUUGUCGAUAUUUCUCUAGUUGAUGGAUUCAAUAUUCCUAUGGAAUUCAGCCCAAUCAACGGUGGGUGUCGUAAUCUCCUAUGCAACGCACCUAUUAAUGAUCAAUGUCCAAACGAAUUACGGGCACCCAGCGGGUGUAACAACCCGUGCACGGUUUUCAAGACGAAUGAAUUUUGUUGUACAAAUGGGCCAGGGUCAUGUGGUCCUACUGAUUUUUCGAGAUUUUUCAAACAAAGAUGCCCAGAUGCUUAUAGUUAUCCACAAGAUGAUCCAACAAGUUUGUUUACAUGUCCUGCUGGAACAAAUUACAAGGUUGUCUUUUGCCCUUGAAAGCUACAAAAAUUAGAACUAUAUAGUACUAAGAACUACAUAUUAUAUCUAUUGAAUAAAAAAGGCCUGCCUACAUAGCAAGGGUCAGAAUAUGUGCUAUUUAUAAGGCAAAAUACAAAUACACGACUAUUUAAAUUAUAUUUACAAUUAUAUGUCUGGUCGUUCAAUGGUUUUUUUAAA